AUGCGGACCAUUCGCGUGUCCGUCCGCGGCGCGCGCGGGCUCGCCGAGGACGCCUCGUCGCGCGCCGUCCUCACCCUUCCCGGCUCAGAGCCGGUGGAGAGUGAGCUCGUGUCGGGGUCUGCAGAACCAGCCUUUGGGCUCGAGGCGGAGUGGCGAGCCGGGACGGACGACGCGAGCCUGACGCGACUCGUGACCACCCCCGCGCUCGUCCGCCUCGUCGACGCGACCGGCGCGUCCCUUGGGGAGUGCAGCCUCCCGCUCGAACCAAUGCUGGCUUGCUCCUCACUGGAGGAGACCUGGCUGCCUCUGGGCGACAGCGAGGACGGCCCCGCGGUGCUGGUCGCGGCGACCGAGGACGACCACGCCUUCACGUACACUGCGACCGUGCGCUGCGCCGUCGCCGACACCACCUUCCGCUUCGAGGGCGGCCGUCUCGUCGUUCCGCCUGCUUCAAAGGAGGAAGAGGAAGCGCCAGCUUCCGAUACCUCCCCAGAAUCCCGCGAGAGCGGGCCGCCGUCUCCAGCAAAGGAGGAGGAGGACGCGGCGGCAGGUCGGGUCGAGUGGCUGCAGACUGCGGAGGGAGGCGGCCUCACCAAGACCGAGGCGGAGGAGCGGGUGGCCAGGGAGACGGAAGAGAAGGAAGCGCUCGAGGGGCAGCACAUUGCUUGGAGCGGCGCCACCGCCACGCUCUUUCUCGGUGUCGAGGCUUGCCGUCGGCUGCGCAGCGGCGUCGCGGAGCGGGAGAAGGCGAUGGCGAAGCGGGUGGAGCUGGAAGGAAAGAGGCAGCUGAGCAGCGAGCAGGAGGCAGAGCUGGCGGAGACGAAGCGACUGCUUGACGAGCUCGAGCCUCCCCUUCGCGUCUCGGUGCUCCGGCUACUCAAGGACCCGGCCAAGGCGUCGGACCCGAAUGCCGCCCGCUACGCCGCCAUCUGCACGCCGGACCUCGCCAAGCUGGCGGCGGUGGGCUCGACCUCCUGCGAAGGCCGCUUCAGGAUCACUCACGACCUGGCCUAUGCGCCUGACGAGGGCGACGAGGCCGCCAAGCCUCCCCCGGCCGUCGAGCCGCUCGAGGAGCCCGCCGAGGGAGCUCCUCACCCCUACGAGGUGGCGGGGACGCUGCUCCGCCUCGACCUGCGAACCUCAGCGCCGCUCAACCCGCGGCCACCUCCACCGCCACCGCCGCUGCCCAAGACGAGCGACAUGAUUCCGAGGCGCACGCUGCCUGCACUGGCGCCCAAGACGAGCGGCGCGGAAUUUGAGGCGCAGGUCAAGGGCGUGGUCGAGGAGCUAGCGGCGGAGUGGUCGGUUUUGUUCCCGGAGGUGCCUCCCGACACCGACGACGGCUCAGAGGCGAAGGAGACGCGCAGGCGGGAGCUGCUCCACCAGCUGGACGCGAGCGGCAAGUUCUUCGCCUUCAAGGAGCGGCUCAAGCGGGCGGUGGUCCGCCUAGCGCGCGAGAGCACCGCGCGUCCGACGGGCGAACCGCCCGACGAGGCGCAGCAGCGCGUCUUUUACAACGACUUGUACGUUGCGCUCCUCCGAAGGAUGCACGCCGCGCUCGACGCCACGUUCUUCCCACCCGCCGUGCCGCCGUCAGCCCCAUCGGCGCCCUCCGCGCUUGACGGAACGCCCCCCGAAGCCGCCCUCGCAACGCUCGCCUCUGAGGCGGAGGCAGAGUUCCGGCUCGAGGCGGCGGCCAAUUACCACCAUGAACGAGUCGCGACAGCCCCCACUAUUGCGGCGGCCUGGCUGGCGUACGGCACCUUCCUGCUGCGCACCGGCCGCGGCGCCAAGGCCGAGGAGUGCUCACGCGAGGCAAUCGCCGUCGACCCCGAGUACGCCGAGGCGAUGCUCGUGCACGGGGUCACGCUUGCGAGUCGCAGCAACCACGAGCAGGCCGAGCCCUUCCUCCGGGCGGCGCUCGACGCCGCGCCAGAGGACGCGCAGCUCUGGCUGCUGAUGGCGGUGGUCUACGAGCGGAUGGAGCGGGGGCGCGACGCGCGAGUCGCGCUCAGGCAGGCCUCGACAUUGCUGGGCGAGGGUAGCGAGACCGGCCCGCACUACCUCGCCCUCGCCCAGCGUUUGCUCCCGUACGCCGCGUCGCCGCUCAUCGACGAGGCGCUCGAGCGCGCGGGCGGCACCGACACCCUCGCGGCAAACCUCGUCCGUGCGGAGAUGCUGCUGCAGCGAGGAGAGCUCGCACCCGCCGAGACAGGCAAGGCGGCAGAGGCGCGCGCCACCUACGAGCGGGCGCUGUCGCUCUGCGGCGCCCCGCUGCCGGCACCACUUCUCCUCCACCUCGGCGCCGUCUGCCAGUCCGAGGGCGACGCUGCGCGUGCACGCCACCUCUUCCUUCACGCCUCGCGCCUCUCGCCAAGCUGCACCUCGUGGCUCGGUGCGGGAGUCGCGUGCCUGGCGCUGGAGCUGUACGACGAGGCUGAGCAGUGCCUCUGCGAGGCCAACAUACUGGACAACCGCCGCCCAGACGUGUGGGGGCAGCUCGCCUUGCUCUGCCAGCGGCGCGACCGGACUGCCACGCGCCUCAACCUCGCCGACGGCAAGCUCCUCGUCGCCAUCGGCGCCGCUUUCUUCGACGGCGGUGUGUGGGCAGCCGCCGAGGGGUGCUUCCGCCGCGCCCUUGCCGUCGAUGCCACGCCGCUGACAAUGCAACGGCUCGCUGACUCGCUGCUCGAGCAGCAGUCAUACAAAGAAGCCCUCGCGGCAUACCGACGAGCGAUGCAGGCCGUGGCAGAGGACGCAGCUGGCGCUGUUGCCCAGGCGUGCGGCAGACAAAUCAAGCGGGUGCUGGCGCACAUGGGCCUCCCCGAAGAUGACCAGGACGACAGCGAGCAGCUGCCACUAGACGGCACCACGGGCUAG